AUGGGAGCUCCGUAUCACCCAUCGACGAAUGGGCAAGCGGAACGCUACGUGCAGACUUUCAAACAAAAGUUAAAAGCUUUAAAGUGCCCAAAAUCCGAUUUCAACAUGGAGAUCUCGAACAUUCUGCUGACAUACCGAAAGAUGCUGCAUCCUUCCACAGGUCAAUCGCCGUCCACGUUGAUGUUCGGCCGUCAAAUCCGGUCGAGAAUCGACCUCAUGCUACCGAAGAACGAGCCGAAGUCUACGAAUGACAUUGCAGUACGACUGUUCAAGGACGGAGACCGCGUUCGUGUGCGAGGCUUCCUUUCGCGAGACAAGUGGAAGUCCGGGAAGAUCGUGGAGGAAGCUGGUAAACUGCGAUACCUGGUCCGCCUAGAUGACGGAAGAGUUUGGGAACGCCAGAUUGACCACAUCUCUGGAGUAGGUGCGCAUUUGCGUGAAGAAUUGGUGAACACUCCUAGAGAUUAG